UUGUGGGGCAUGAGAACCGCGAGGCUGCUGUCAGGCUUGCUGCUCCCCCCACUGCUGCUGCUGCUGCUGCUGCUGCUGGCGGCCCAUCUGCUGGCGAUGUGCCGCCUGCCUUCCAAGUGACCAACUUCGAGGUGAAGGCGUGUGACGCGUGCGCGCAGCCGCACCUGGUGCUGGCGGCCAUCAUCGCUGCUGGCAUGGACGGGCUGGCGCGCAAACUGCAGCUGCCGGAACCCAUUGACGUGAACCCGGCGGAUCUUCCUCCCGAUGCGGCCCCCGCUCGUCUGCCGUCGUGCCUGGACGAGUCUCUGGCGGCCUUUGAGGCGGAUUCUGUGAUGAGGGACGUGCUGGGGGACGUCAUGGUCCAGGCGAUUGUGGCCGUGCGCAAGGCUGAGAUUCAACAUUACACUGGAAGAGCGUCCAUGGUUAGUCAGCUCAUAACCAAGUACUGAGUUGAUUUCCUCUGAAGGUGACUUCAUUGGUACAUUUUGUAUAGUUUUCCCCAAAGGAGCGCGGAUGAUUUUUAAAAUGCCAUAGUGGGAUGUUAUGUUAACCAAUCUACUUUAGAAUCAUUAACAAUAAUUAGCACAAUAAGAU